AGCUUCCUUCUCAUUGUGUGCUGGUGGCCGAAUCAUCAGCUCUACUUGGGUCAUUUACAUUUUGUAUUAUUCACAAUGCUAGCUUUGGCCGUUAGUGGACUUAUUCUCAUAACAGUUUUUACCUAUAUUUACCAACUCGUCGAUCGAUUUGAGACAGGCGCCUCAUCGAUCGACCCGCCAUCCCCAUACUUUGACCAUAGCAACAUUCUCCUUGUUACAGCUCACCCUGACGAUGAGUGUAUGUUCUUUGGGCCAGUCUUGUGCAAUCUGACAAGCAAAAGUCUCAAAAACCAAGUCCACGUGCUGUGCCUGUCAAAAGGUGAUGCGGAGAACUUGGGGAAUCAACGUAAACGAGAGUUAGUCAAGAGCUGCCAGGUUCUCGGGAUACCGAGUUCACGCGUCAAAACCGUCGACCAUCCAGACUUGCCAGACAGUAUGAAAAUUGAGUGGAACGCAUCCCUCGUAUCCAGUAUUAUUCAGGAGUAUGUUACUAAACAUGAUAUUCAAAUCAUCAUCACAUUUGACAACUAUGGAGUAUCUGGCCAUACUAAUCACCAAGCAGCUUACCGUGGAGCACUACAAUACGUAAAGACUUCUGGUAAUGGAACGGUCAGCCUUUACAAGCUGCCAUCGGUUUCCCUCGUGCGCAAAUAUAUCGGGCUAGGAGAUCUCCCAUUAGCUAUAUUCAGCAGCCGCAUGGUCAAGACGUCCACCCCCAAAAACAGCUUAUUAUUUCUGUCUUCGCCCGGACAGUACCUGAUAACGCAUAAAGCGAUGCGACAACAUAGUAGUCAACUUGUAUGGUUUCGCUGGCUGUACGUGAUAUUUUCGCGAUAUAUGGUGAUUAAUGAAUUAGAAAAGGUUUCGUAAGAGUAACGUUGAAAAGCGGAUCCAAAACUUUGCCAAUAGGACGUCGGUUAGCUUUGUGCACUCAGUCAAUUUGCAUUGAAAUUUUGGCGGCUGGUCUGGCUUUGGCUGGCCGUGUUUUCGUUCGUUUCCUUUUCCCU